AUGGAGUCGUUCUCAACGUCUUCGUCUUCGUCCUCAUCCAUACCGUCUCCACUGCCACAUUUUGUAAGUGGUAUGGACAGUCCGGACAUAUGCGAACCGCCGCAGGAUGAGGAAGAGUUUAGUUUCCGCUAUCCGAGCUACAUGUUCCCGGACGUGGAGUACGACAAAGAGGACGUUCCGCUUCCCUUCAAGGCUACUCCGGACUCCCUCUUCAAUCUCUGCGCCGCCGUCGUGGAUUCCCAGGCCCGCACCGAAGUCUUCAAGUGGAGUAUCAACGAUGUGACCGACUGGCUGCGCAAUUUUGGUUACCCUGAGUAUGAGCAAACAUUUCGAGAGAACUACAUUGAUGGACACAAGCUUCUAAACUUGGACGCCGUGUCCCUAGUGGCACUCAACGUCCGGAACUUCGAGCACAUCCGCCACCUGGGCCGGGGAAUCCGAGCCCUUUACCGCAAGGAACUCCAGACGGCCACGGAGACAAAGCAGCAAAGCGAGGUCUACAAGACGUUUCGGGCCCGCACCGGCCGGAGGUACGAGGGAUUGCGGGAGACCGAGCUGCUGGGCCGCAUGCACAUGAUUCGCUCAGUUUUCCGGGACGUCAACGACUGGGAUUUGAUGGAGUUGCACAUGUCCAGGACUCCAGUGAGGCGGUACCGUGAGGUGAUCGCUGGCUCCAGGCGAUUCAAUCUUUACGGCCCGUCAACGGCGCGCAGGGAACCCAUAAUGACGGAUGAUGUUGAUGCUACACCGUGGUUCAACUUUGGCGAUUGCUACUAG